AUGGGUGGCGCCAACAGAGAAGGCGGCAAGGCCAAGCCGUUGAAGGCGGCCAAGAAGGCCAACAAGGAGCUCGACGAGGACGACAUGGCCUAUCUCGAGAAGAAGCGCGCCGAGGAAAAGGCACGCAAGGAAAUGGCGGCCAAGGCUGGCGGCAAGGGCCCCCUCAACACCGGCGCCCAGGGCAUCAAGAAGAGCGGCAAGAAAUAA